UUUUUUUCUUUUUUUGAUUGUUUUUCACUUGAUUUUUGUUCUUUUUCUUGAUCUCCGACAAGACAGCACACAAAAUGGCAGCAGAAGCUGUUGUUGUUGUUGCUGCUGCUGCUGCUGCUGCUGCUGCGUCAACUGCAGCAUCGGCCGAAUCCGUCGUCGACACACUCGUGCGCAAUGCGAGCGGCAUCGGGCUGCAGUACAGCGUCACCGAUCCCCCGCCUCUGCUUGUCGGAUUGGGCUGGAUGUUCUACAUUGUUCCGCCCGCCGACGCGUCCUUCAGCCACAUUGAGCAAGUGCCAGACUACAUUGCAAUGGCCACGCCGUACUUUCUCACGAGCAUUCUGAUCGAGCUCAUCGUCAGUUUUGCCAAGCAUCGCAAAUCGUCGCUGCGCAUCAACGACUCGCUCAGCUCGCUCUCGGCGGGAAUCUGGUCGCAAGUCACCAAGGCGCUCCUCUACCCCUUCGACAUUGCUGCGUACAUUUGGUGCUACAAUAAUUUCUGCGUUUACGAGCUGCCAUGGGAUUCGCCAUACACCUGGUGGUUUGGCAUGCUCGGCGUGGAUUUCGCCUACUAUUGGCUGCAUCGCGCUGCUCAUGAAAUCAACCUGCUGUGGGCAGGUCACGAGUACAACCUCACCACAGCUCUUCGUCAAGGAGUGUUGCAAGGUCCGACCGUGUUUUGCUUCUACCUUCCGUUGGCGUUGGUCUUGCCACCGCCUAUUCUUGCAGUGCAUAAGCACUUUAACACCUUGUAUCAGUUCUGGAUUCAUACGCAAAUGAUCAAGAGUCUCGGCCCCCUGGAAUGGAUCUUGAACACACCUUCCCAUCACGCAGUCCAUCACGGCCGUAACCGCUACUGCAUUGACAAAAACUAUGGAGGCACCUUGAUCAUCUGGGAUCGCCUCUUUGGCACGUUCCAGGCUGAGGCAGACCCGAUUGUGUUUGGCGUGACGCAUCCGUUGUCGACAUGGGAUCCAGUGUACACACAGUUUGCUCACAUACGGCACAUCUUCCGCAAGGCGUGGGCGAUUCAAGGAUGGCGCAACAAACUCGCCGUCUUCUUCUACGGCCCGGGAUGGGACAUCGGCAAGGCGAGAACCGGAGACUUGAACGACAUUCCUGACGUGCGGGCUCCGUGGCCAAAGUACGAUCGAUCGCUCUCGGCAGUCAUGGCAGGCUAUGUGUUUGUCCACUUCCUGUUGCUGGUGGUCGCGUUGCAGCUCCUGACCUCAAACCUCCUCGCAUACCCAGUGAUGGUGUUGCUCGCGCUGUACAUGCUCACGACGCUCAGCUCGUUUGGCGCGCUGCUCGACCACAAGCCGAUGGCCAACGGGCUUGAGCUCGGCCGCAUCCUUUCCGUGCUCGUGCUCGACACUGCAAUCCGCGGCUACUUGGGACGCGACACACACGCCUUUUUCUGGUUGCCCCGCGCCCAGGUCUCCGACACUGUCCAAUUUCAACUCGAGGUGCUCUGGACGAUUCUGCUCGCCUCGGCCGGCUUCAUGGUGAUUCAGAUGGCGGUUUCUCCUUCCAACGCGAGCUUGACUGACAAGCAACAAGCCAAGCUGCGCGAAGAAGCGCCCGUCCCUUCCACCUCCAGCACCACGCCGACGCCACUCGGUGCAAGACGCAGUCAACGGACGUUGUCAUCUCGCUAAACGAGGUGUGUGCGUGUGUGUGUGUGCCUGGUAUUGAACAGUAUCGUGAUACAUUGAAAAAGGCGACAAAUGUCAUAUUAAAUGGCUCGUGUAAUAGAUCUUGUAUCAAACAAUCACUCCAACA